UUUUAAGCCUAUAAGAACUCUUCAGCGGAGACCUAACUGUUAAUACAGCCGUGAUGGAAAGCAGGGCAAUCAUAUGUGAGACAGACAUGCUUCAGGCGAUGCAACAAGAUGCACUCUGCCUGGCUGGGAAGGCCCUCGACCUAUUCGAUGCAGCAGAAACCACUGAAAUCGCUCGAUUAAUCAAACAAGAGUUCGACCAUCUAUAUGGGCUCGGGUGGCAGUGUAUUGUGGGGGAUCACUUUGGUUCAUUUGUCACACACCAUUGCGGCUGCUUCAUCUACUUUAGAAUCGGAAGCCUUGCAAUAUUACUCUUCAAAGGCACAUCGGACGAGGUUAACAAGAACUAAAGAACGAUGGAGGCAGUCAAAGCAUGAAAAGCUUGUUGGGGGUUACAUGUUUUCUUCAGUUACUAAUUACCGCAUGACCAAAUAAAAUGACCUUUAUAAAUGUAAGCUUCCAUGUGUACUAUCCACGCCCAUUUCAUCAAUUAAUGACCUACACGUUCAAUGUUAAA